AUGGCACUGUUUGCUGUCUUACAGUCGCUGCUGCUGUGUAAAGACUGCUUCGGCGGUUCGAAACGAAAAAACUCUACCUUUCUACAUGGACUUUCACGCCUCUCUAAAAGAGCUAAAUACUAUCUUUGCUUUACUGUCAUUGCUAUCGCAACUAGCGCCGGAAGAGAGGGACGUCGAGAAAAGGACUUGGAAUUCAGGAAUUCAUCCAGGAAUGCUUCUAUUAAUAACAUCCAAACAGCGCGCAAAACCAUUGUAGUACACCCCAGGUCUGCGAGAUGGCCAGUUUCCUUUUCGACGCUAAACUCAAAGCCGGUAGAUGAUCAAGCGACGAGAGCAACGGCCUCAAAAGUCAAAUCCGUAGCACCUCCGGGUCGCGACCGUGCGCAUCUGAGUCGCAUUUUCGGCUGCAUAGCAAGGAACCAACGGCCAAAGCAAACGGUGUGCGGCCUCUGCUGCAAGAAGUCGCGCAUGACUCGCGCGCACCACCACCUGCGCAGAAAACACGACUCAGCACCGGCGCUUUUCCGCGCCCUCGCACAGGCUAAACCCUCUCGCGCCAGCAGGCCUCUGCCCUCGCCGACGCAGCAAGUCCGCGCUUCGUACCCACGCCUACCUCCCGCACAGCGAGCGAGACCCCUCCGCCUCGUCUCGCGCUACGCUCAGCCGACCGACCGAGCCGCUCACGACGCUGCAGCGCUCAGCACCCCGCACCCAGCACGCAGCACGCAGCUCGCUCGUCAGCGACAGGUAGGCAGGCACAGGCCAGAGCUACAUACUCACUCGUCGCAGAAGCCGAAGAUGCAGGAAGGGCGAAUACACGGGACAGGAAGCUGCUGCUGGGACAUCAACGGCGGGGACGCCGGGGAAGAGGAUGCAUAAGGCGAUGGAGAUGGCGGUAGUGGCAGCGAUACUGAGAAGAAGCGCUUAACGGCUAGGAGGGAGAAGGGUUCGAGUAGGUUGCUCCCUUGCUUUCUUGCUUCGCUCGCCCGGCCACCAGGCACUACCUAUUGUACAGUCGUGCUGCGCGUUCCC